AUGGUUUCGCGCACAGUUAAAAAAUUGAUAUUCGGGGUACUUAUGGGAAAUUUGUGCUGCUGUGCUAGCGCCAAAGAUGAUGGCUCAGAUAAAAACAAGCUAGGAGUAGAUCUGGCAACUAGCUUCAAAGAGUAUCUAGAGGCGGGGAUACAAGACAAAGAGUCAUCUAUUUUUAGGUCACAGUUUCUAAUGGAUCUUUCUCCAAAGAGUAAUAGAUGCCAAAAAAGGGAAAACCCCUUAUUAGGAGAAGAGGCUUUUAAUGAAAAAGAGAACGAAAGUGCAGCCAUUGGGAGCGAAAGCGAGGACCAGAAGAUACUGUGUGUUGAUCUGGGAGGAACUAGUUUGAAAAUGGGCAUUUACGAGGUCAACAAAAAAAACAGAAAAACCGUAAAGAUAACGGAAGAGAUAAGGAAGUACGACAUACCAAAAGAGAGCAAAGCAAUACAGAACAGAACAAUAUAUGAAUUUAUGAGCGAAAAGAUAAACAGCUUUGUGUCUGAGAACAGAGCCACAGGAAAAGCUGGUGGCAAAGUAAUGAAGGGCGCUCUGACAUUCUCGUACCCAAUUGAAAAUGUUGGGGACAAAGUGAAAGUAGUUAAAUUCACAAAACAGUUCAAAUGGGCAAAGAUAAACAGUGUAGGUGACGAAAUACCUCUCGAUGAGCUGAAUAAGCUGACCGCAGAUACUGUGCAGUUUGAGGUGAUAGUAAAUGACACCACAGCCUUGGGCGCGUGGGCAUGCUCUACAUACCCCGAUGCAGUUGGAGGAUUUGUGCUGGGCACUGGGCUGAACUGCUCGUAUCUGGAGACAAAGCAGGAGAAGAGCAGCAGAGGUGCACUCCAAAGCACUAAGAGCAUUCUUAACACCGAGUGUGGUGCGUCUUUUGAGUUUGGUAACAUAGGAAAAUACAUGGACGAAGUUGACAGGGAAAUGGCCAAGAACAUACUGGAAAAAGAGAAUGCAAAAUUUUGUCUGGAGCACAUGGUGGGUGGCUUGUAUUUUGAGCAGUACAUAAACAUCUAUCUUAGAAAAGAGAUAGAGAGAAUCUUUGAAAAAGAAUCUGUAAAAGAGCUUGAUCUGAAGGGAUUUACUCUAUCAAACAGCCGGCUGAGCAGAGAAAAGAUAAAAGAUGAUAUUGAAAAGCUGUUCGAAACAUACCUGCAGAAAAAUUCAGACAAUGCAGGCAAAGUGGAUGAGCUGGUAGAAACUGUCAAUAAUGCUGUUAGAAAGGCAUUUGAGCGAAAGUACAUGAUUUCUGCAGGGCUUAUGGCAGGAAUUAUAUCCAAAUGCGAGAGAGACGACGCAAGCAACAACGGUGUCUACAGGUUUGGUCUUACAGGCUCUGGAUGCCAAACAGAAGAGUUUAAGGAGAAGGUGGGGAAGAAAAUAAUGUAUAUUUUGAGCAAAAUGCCUUCCAGAAAAGGCUUUGAGAAAGUCAGGGUGCUAUUUGAGUUUUCAGAAGAAGCAUCGCUGAUAGGAGGCGCAAGCGCGUUCAUAAGCAAGAGAACGCAUCUCUGA